CGAAAGGAUCCGUAAAGUCGCGGUUGUUGGACCUGCAAAAGGAAUCUUCGUCCAUCUCAUCCAUUGUUUCCAGUUUUCUUAUAUUACAUACAUAGAAUUAUAAAAUACAGAUACAUUUACACCGAAAGCCGACUAUUUUUUACUAAAUCGGCCCAAGGAAGACAGUUUUGUUCAACUUUAUCGUACCGUCAGCAAUGGCAGCAACUAAAACGGAAGCAGUGCCAUCCGCUAUGCGAAAUGCAAGCACGUAAGUAACACAAUAACAAACUACGGUUCUUAAUUUUUAGAAACUGUGACCCGCCGUCUAAUUCUAUUUUCUCUGUUUGUUUGUUUUUUCUGUUUCAAGGGAAGGACUUGAGUCAUGGAAGUCUAAAUUGAAAACGCCAGCGAAGGAUAGGCGCAUACAGACCACAGUAAGUUUUACCUGCUUGUAUAUUAUUCGAACUAACUUGUUUCUGAUUUCUUUCUUCGUGACUGAAUUGGUGGACUCAAGGAACUUAUUCAGAAAGCGUUCUUUUGUAGCUUUCACUUUUCAGCCGUAAAUUUCCGUACAUCGUCAACCUUUCCUCGCGAAUAAGGAAGUCAUCGUUAAUGAUCACCACUGUGCUGGAUGAUUCAGUCAUAUAGUCAUUCAGUUAAGUUAUGGUACGGGUCUCCUCAUAAUCACCACCCUAUGUUUUAUAGUUUCGUGGAAGAGAAACCAUUUUUAACUCAACUGAGCUCAAAACAGACAUCAAUGUCAGGUCUGCCAGUUUCAUUACUUGUAAAAGAAAUCCCUUUUGUCUAACCACACUGAUUUGAGUUCCUUGCUUAUAAUUCAAACUUCUAGAGUGUUCUUACCACCUGUUUCAUCUUAUUUGACUAGCUAAACUCUCCAAAUGUUAUAUCUGCACCAUAGUUAGUGGUAGUAAAAGUUGACGAAAGCAUCCUCUCACAUAAUAGCUGCUGUAUCUCAGUUCAUGAGUGUUACUUGGGUUCAAGAAUGUUUUGCCCAGAAGGGGGAUGGGGGAUGGGGGAUGGUGGAUGGUGAUAUGUCUGGAAUGGAUCGGCAUUAACCCUGUCUAUCAUGUGGUAGCUUGAACACACCCAGUUCGCUUGUAUUACUGACAUCAGUGUUAAAAAUAUUAAAUAGCAAGUGCAGAAAUAUGUUGGGUUGCCACAUGCCCAGAUAGUACAGCAGUGUUAACCUCUAUACUGUCUUGAAAGUUAUACAGACGACUGCAGUUCUAACAUGUUAUGAUCUGAAUAAAAUAGGAUGUAACAGCAACUAAAGGAAAUGAUUUUGAAGACUACCUGCUCAAAAGAGAAUUACUCAUGGGAAUCUUUGAGAAAGGUUUUGAAAAGCCUUCACCUAUUCAAGAAGAGAGUAUCCCAAUGGCUCUCACAGGAAAACACAUAUUGGCCAGAGCUAAAAAUGGUACUGGAAAAACUGCUGCCUACCUGAUACCUCUUCUAGAAAAGUGUGAUGUGGAUAAAUCACAUAUUCAAGGUUAGUCUUCCAUACACUGUGUUGUUAUUCUUAAAGGAUAAAAGUUCAUAGUAAGACUUCUGCAGCCUGUAGAAGGCUUUUUUACAAAUGAAAAUCGGCAACCUAGUGUAUAUGGGAAAACUGUUGGGCCCAGGAAACAAAAUGAAGGUAGCAAAGAGAGCCUAGUAGUCUGGACAUACAGCUCACUCCACCUACUGACCCAUCCAUUUCUUUACUUUGUUUUCUUCUCUUAUUUAGGGCUUGUGUUGGUGCCAACCCGUGAACUGGCCCUACAAACAUCUCAGAUCUGUAAAGAGCUUGGCAAACACCUUGGAGUACAAGUCAUGGCUACUACAGGCGGCACAAGUCUUAAAGAUGACAUAAUGAGACUAUAUAAUGAUGGUAUGUUUAUAGUAAAAUGCUCGAGGUAAUGUGAAGGAAUAUUUCUUGUCUAAUGUUCUGCUCUAGGAUGGUCCUCAACAAAGAGUUGUUUAUUCUUAUCUUUGGUACUAGAUUCUGCCUGAACAGCAGUGCAGGAAUGAAAUUUAAAGAGAAUUAUGCUCCAAAAGUCACUUAAUUUUCCACUCUAACCAUUUUAUAACCAUUUGAUAUCUUUAAAUGUACAAAAAACUCAACUAUAGGCAAUUGAAUUUUGAAAAUAUCACUGACCAUUGUGUAUAAUGCAAACUUGCACAAAGAUGUAGAUGAUAGGUAAAAAUGAAGGACUGCUGAAGUUUCUACCCUUGGAAUCAUCACCGGCAAAGCAGUAUGCAAUGCAGUUUAAUAGCAACAGUGUUCAACUUCAUAAUGGUAUAUUGGUUUUUUUCCCCACAGUUCAUCUCAUUGUUGCCACACCAGGUCGGAUACUGGACUUGAUGAAAAAAGGGGUGGCUAAGAUGGACAAUUGCCAAAUGCUUAUCAUGGAUGAAGUAAGUGCUUGGAAGAUAAUUUUGUUACAUAGGAGUGUUGCACCAUAAAUCAUACUUUUUUAUUUUGUUUGUCCUCUCUACCUAGGCUGACAAGCUUCUAUCCAUGGACUUCAAAGGGAUGUUAGAAGACAUAAUUGCUUUCCUUCCACCCAGCAGGCAGAUUCUUCUUUAUUCAGCCACUUUUCCAUUGUCAGUAAAGGAAUUCAAGGUCAGUGGCAGUAUGUCUUCAAGAAUAAUUACUUCUCUAAUUUAAUUUAAUUUAAUUUUAAGAUACAAUACUUCUUUGUGUGGUAAAUAACAUAAUAUGUAUUCAGGACUCUUUGUGUUGUACAGCAGCCUUGGACAGUGUUAACUUGUUAAUUUCUCAUUUAAUAAGUGUUAUUAUUAUAAGACUGGCAUAUCUAAUGAGAGGAUUCCUUGAGACUAAAGAACUUCCUUCUUAGAUGAGAAAUCAAACAGCAGUAAAUUACCAACUUGACUGGAAAAAAUUUUCAGCUUGUAUGUUGAUGGUAUCUUUGGUUUGAAUCUUGUCUUAUUUCCUUCUAUUAUGUGUGCUGGCUAAUAGAAACUGUUACUUUUAUUUUCUAGUAAGUUCAUUUAAUGUUUGUAUUUGUUUGGUUGAGCUGAUGGUCUUGUGGAAGUGGUGUGUAACAGGCCCAAAGAGCAUGUGCUUAUUGACUAAGUGGGCUUGCUGUUAAUGAUAACGGGGGCUUUUUUGUACUUACCAUGUAUUUUGUUGUGAUUCAAAUUGGCAGGAUAAACAUUUGGAUAAACCCUAUGAAAUAAACCUUAUGGACGAGCUGACCUUGAAAGGCAUCACACAGGUAAUCAUUAUGUGCAGAUGUGUGUCAGUUUUUAUCCCUUUUCCCUCCCUAUAUACCAUUUUUAAAAUCAUUUUUAAUAUCUUCAUUGGUUUUUUAGCCUGACACGUCACCACUCUCAAUCAUAUGUGACACUGUGUGUGCUGUUAGUGUGUUAUGGAACAGGGCUUCUUUGUUUGAAGUCAGUCCCCAAGAAAAAUUAUUGCGGCUGUUUUUUUGUUUCAGUAUUAUGUUUUCCUGGAGGAGAAACAGAAAGUACAUUGCCUGAAUACUUUGUUUUCAAAGGUACAUUUCCUUUCUUAAUCUGCUGAAGUGUCACAUGUUUAAUUUGCAGAAGUUUCAUUUUCCAUGAAACAAAAAAUUAAAAAAAAAGUAUUUACGUGUUGGUCUUGGGAAAAAAAAAAAACUUUCAAUUUUACUUUGAUAACAGUUGUGCUACCAAAGAAGUGGAGAAGCAUGCGCCAAAACAACCAUUAAAUUACAGGAUUCAGACAAUGAAUUCUAAGGAAAGUCACUUCAAUCAAACAGUGCUUAAAUAGAAAUUCAAUCAACCAGAGUGUAAAUUAUAUGGUGUGCUGUGUUCUCCAGAUGGAGCAGUGGUAUUUGGCAUUUUUGUAAGCUACUGGUUUCUGAAACACCAGCUAAUGGACAGGAACUUAAAGUUAUUUCAGUUUUAAAAUUUCAAUUUUGUUCUUCCCAGCUUCAAGUGAACCAGUCAAUUAUCUUUUGCAACUCAGUCAACCGCGUUGAAUUGUUGGCCAAAAAGAUAACAGAGCUCAAGUAUUCCUGUUACUAUAUUCAUGCAAAAAUGGAGCAGAGUCACCGCAACAAGGUGUUCCAUGACUUCCGCCAAGGAGAGACAAGGACUCUAGUGUCUUCAGGUAGUGGUUUGACUACAGGCCUGGAGCCUCGCAAACAGAUAAACUCAUUGUCAUAUGCUAUGGUUGGAAGGGGAUCUUUUGAACCCUUUAAUUCCCAGAAGUGAUUAAUAUAAAACUUCUCCCUACAAUAUCCAUACAUUCUUCAGUAAACAGGUAAUGAGAAUAUUCAAACUUAUCAGUUGAAGCUGCUAUCUUGAUCUAGCACCAAGUUCUCAUAACUAAUUUACAAGGAAAUGUGUAGCAGCUACAGGGGAGAAUUAACAAUCAGAUCUUGGGAGUUAAAGGGUUGAGAACUGUUAUAUAGAUGAAUAAGUGUCAUUAGGGGUGACCAAUAAUUUUUUUGACAAGUUGUUCUAAUAGAUGAAUGAUUUCUGGGUAAGAGAGAUAACAACAGUCCAACAUAUUUCAAUUUGUUACAUUAUGUUGUAUGUAAAUCUGUUUUCUCACUUAUGUGAGGUGAUGUGGAUCUAUGUUUUGCAGUCAAGUCACCCGAGAGUCAUGUUGCUCAAAACCUGAGUCAUGAGUCAUGUUUAAAAAUUUCUUAAUGUUAUUGCCUAUUAACAGUCUGAAAUUUAGAUCUUUUUAGUAUUUGUUUCUUCAGGCAACUUGACUUUUUUUUGGGGGGGUGACAUAACUAAAAUUUCGGGCAACAUGACUUAGGUUUCAGGCAACAUGACUUUGGGUGAGAUGACUCUUGGGUGACUUGACCAGUUACUGGAUCCAUCUACAGAAUACUAAUAUUAGGUAGAGAUCAUUCUGUUAAAUGAUGUUCAUCUCCUUAUGUAGAUUUGUUCACACGUGGGAUUGAUGUUCAGUCUGUCAAUGUGGUCAUCAACUUCGACUUUCCCAAAAACUCUGAGACCUAUCUGCAUCGCAUUGGCCGUUCAGGUCGUUUUGGGCACCUUGGUCUUGCCAUAAACCUUGUCACUUACGAGGAUAGGUUUGAUUUGUUCAAGACUGAACAGGAGCUUGGGACUAACAUAAUACCAUUUCCCAAAAAAGUUGACAAGAAACUUUAUGUGGCUGAAUUUCAGCAACAAGAAGAAGAAGAUGACUAAUUACACCAAAACUCCUGGUAGGAAAACAUGCAACAACUUUACACAUCUUAAAAGUUGGGAGCUAUCUUUAAGAGAAUUUCAAAACAACCUCUAGUUUAAUUGUUUACCACUCCAUGCAAGCAAAACUUCUAUAUUUAAGUACCUUAAACAAACAUUUACAAAUAAAGUAAUUGAAACAAAGUUUCCAUGCAUUCCUCUAGCAAUAGUAUUUCCUCUGAACAUAAAGAGUACCAUGUCUAGAGGAAACUAAUUGUGAUUUUUGCCCCUACACUUUGUUUCAAACACUUCACAAUUUUUGUAGAAUGUUUUCAUGGUUAUAAAUCAGUUUGUUGCCUGGCAUUUUGGAAACAGUCAUGAUUAGUACUGUGUAAGACAAAACACAAUGAGCUACUAAGAAAUCAGCAAAUUUUCAAUCUUUUUUUGGAACAGUUAGAAUCAGCCCUACUCAAAUUUUGAUAAUAUUAAAAUAAUCCAAGAGAGAUUUAGAGCACAUAAAAUUUAUUAUCAUGACAGCAUUAUGAACAAGGGUACAUGUGAGAACUUUCUCUAAACUAGAUUUUGUUUUUGUCCUCAGUAAAGGAAAUAAUGCUGUUUUGGAAGAGGACAGUUAAAUUUUUUAUAUGUAUUUUUUUGCCCUUCCCUUCCCUUUCCCUUUAUGAUAGUAGCUGACUACAUUCAACUAAUUCGUAAAAAUGUUGUGGCAAGUUUUCCCAGCAGACCUGGAAGAGAGUUAAAAGUCUUCCACAAGAAAAUUGUCCUGGUGAAUCUUUUAGUUCCACUUAACUAAAACAUUGAGUAUUUAUGUCUUUCUGAUAUUCAGAAGGACAAGAGUUGAUAUCUUAUGUUAAUUGUAUUUAUGUUGUGUGUCACUUUAAGUUCAUUCACUUCCAUCCCACUACACCAGCUAAAAAGGUGAAAACUUGUUUGAGAGGCAGUAAAUAAAUUCUUCCUUUUUAUUCUUGAACUGUAUUACUGUGUUGCAAAAACAGUUAUUGUUUUACAAGUUUAAAAAAAUCUAUUAGGAAGAGCUCAGGGUUAAGGAAGAAAUGAACAAAUUCUGUCACUUCUCAUCUGACUAUUAAGGUCCAUUUAACAGCAAGUUAAAUUAGCAUUUUUGUUGUUUGACACAACUUAACCCAUGGGAGAGUAUGAAAACAUUUCUGGAUUAAGUUUAAAGGGGACUUGUUUCUUAGCUGCUGUUGGGAUGGAAGUGAAUGACUAAAAAUGUUUUUGUGCAGUUUGUGUAGUAAAAAUUCCUAACUCCAACUGAAGUGCUCCAAGUAUGUGAAUGAAACAAUGUUUGAUAGAGAUGGUUAUUUGAAAUUGUAGUCUUUGGGUUAGAAAUUAGAUGGUAAAGUUUUUUUGCUGCCCAUCCUUUAAGUAUAGAGGCCUUAAGACAUUACCUUGUGUAGUUACAUGAAAUAAGCUUAACUGUGCAGCUAAGUGCUGGUAGCAAGGAGUUGUGGUACACUAUUCAAGGGAUUAAAUGAUCAAAUUGCAUUUGGUGAGCCUCUUUUAGUGGCUCUUUCCAUUGGAUUAGGGUGCCAUGGAAUUCUGCCAAGGGUAGAGUAGAGAUAAUGUGUAGAAAAGAGGAGUUGAAUGGGCAUGGCUGAUGAUGAAGAUAUUGUUCUUUGGUCUGAAUUAGUUGGAGCUUUUGAUUAAGUGUCUUAGUUAAGUGGGAAAUUAUUUAUUUGUAAUUAAUGUGUACAUAUGUAUAUAGUGCAAAUUCUAAUUAUGUAGGAAGAUUUAUUUUCAGGACAGAGUUUGAUGGGAAAGUUUGGAACUUGUAAUGGAGAGAUAAGAACCUUGAGAAAAGUCAACCCAAGUUCACAAAUAUUUUGAGUACAAGAGUUUCCCUUGUUAAAUUGUUGGUACUCUUUUAGUUUGUCUCCACUGUGCUCUGUGAUUUGGGUGAGAAAUUGCACUACCAUCUUAGCUAAUCACAUGUUACACUUCAUGGGUCCAUUACAUUUUCCAGUGUUAAGGUCAGUUUGUUUCUUGUGGUAUUGAAAGUCAAUGUACCAUUUGCUUUGUUUGGCUGUUGUAAUUCUGUUAGGUUAGUUUUAUGACUCUUGGUAACAAGUAUCCCUAAUAAGUGAUUAGUUUGUUAAUGUGCAGUGGUGUAGUUUGCUAUUUCAUGCCCACUUUACAGAGUUAACAAGAUUUCCAUUAUGAUUAAGAUUUUUGUUAAUGAAUAAAUGGGGGACAGUUGAAACUGAAGUUCCAAAAACUGUGCUCUAAAGUUUUUGUGGAAUUGAGGCACUGUCUGUUAUUCUUAUUAAUGCAGUAAAACUGCAAUUCUGAAAAAUGUUUUUCCUUAAGACAGCCUACUCUUUCCCCAUGGAAACUUUGUAGAAUUGAAGUUAAUUGAGUAGGUAGGAAUGGCUAACUUUGUGUUUGUAUUGACAGCUGGACAGUGUGUAGAAUAAGAUUAUACAUAUAGCCAGGGUCAUAAUGUGAUGAAUCGCAAAGGAACAAUAUUUGUGCACACCCUUUACUCCUUUCAUAAAAACGGUAAUUUCAUUACAGCUAAAGAAGAAGAGUUAGAAGAGACUCUUGGCUCAAUUAUAGCAGCAGGAUUAGUUACCUGUUUAAUGAAAGAGGACUGGCCAUUUUAACAAGACAUUGUCACACCUAUCUAGUAGAAUAAUUACUGAGGCAUAACUAAUAAAUAUGGGAAGAGGUAGCGUAAUGGAAAUAAGGAAAAUUAAAAGCUGUUCUACAGAAGUUGUCUUGCAAAGUGGGAGAAGUUAUCCAUCAGGCUUAAAUGGCCAUUAACAAACCCAAGAAGUAGAACUGUGCAGUACACAACAAGGGUUAUGAGCAUUGCCUUGCAAUGUGUACUUAAGUAUAAAGAUAACAAUGUUCAUUAGUAUUAAUGUAUAUUUGUACAAGUCAUCUUAUUGGAACCAGGUGUAGUGGAUUAAUGACAUGGCUGGUAGAAAUGUACAGUGAUACUUUAAUUUCAAAUAUCUGAGAUGAGAAGGUUUAUUAUCCAACUUCUUUGCUAAACAAAAACAAAGAAACAAAAAAGCAGUUGUGUUGUGCCAAAUAUUAAAACUGCUGGUUUUUUUCUUUUUUUUUAAUGGCAAGAGACAUUUUUAGCCUAUUUUUGUUAUUAUUUCUGACUUAUUAAUUUACUGAGUUCCUCAUGA